CAUCAUUGUGCUAGGCAGCAGAAGAUCCUCUGUCUGGCUCCUACUACAAGGAUAUUCAGAAGUGGGAGCCGCAGUUCAUUUAUUUAUUUGGAACCCAAGUAUGCCGAUUUGACCUCAGAAAAUGGAACUACGUGUAGCAAGCAUUCUUCUUCUCCUCGUCGCCUUUGUGGCUGCUCAUGGCGAGAGAUACGUCAAGAAGUCAGUGAAGGGCCCUCAGUACCAGCCAUACUCGGUCAAAAGUCAUGUGGUGUCUGUAGCUGGAGAACCUGGAAAUCCUGGUGAGCCCGGCCCAGCUGGACCUCCUGGGCCCCCUGGACCCCCAGGAUAUAAUGGAGAAGGACUGCCCGGGCCACAUGGACCACCUGGAUCUCCUGGACCUGCUGGUUACUCUGCACCUGGAAAACCUGGCUCUCCGGGUGGACCUGGCAAACCUGGCGCCACAGGUGCACCUGGACCAAAAGGAGACACUGGUGCAUCUGGUCCUCAGGGUCCCAGGGGCAUGCCCGGCCCUUCUGGUAGCCCAGGACCCGCAGGUUACUCUGCCCCAGGCAAACCCGGACCAUCGGGUCUUCCAGGAUCAAUGGGACCAAGGGGAGAGACAGGUCUUAAAGGACAUCCAGGUGUUCCAGGUCUACCGGGACAGAAAGGAGAAAGAGGUAUCGGGGUUCAUGGAUCACCUGGUGAGAGAGGUCCAGCAGGAUCAACAGGUGCUACAGGGAAACCUGGUGAGCCUGGUAUUGGAAGACCUGGCAGCGCUGGACGUCCUGGUGAACCAGGCAAAUCAGGCACACCUGGUCAUGAUGGGCAACCUGGACCCAUGGGGAUGCCAGGUCCGAAAGGUCAUCAAGGAGCUCCCGGAGUUGGAAUGGCUGGCAAACCAGGUGAAAAUGGUGCCCCAGGUAUGCCUGGCUCUGUUGGCCCCAAAGGUCCGCAAGGAGCGGCUGGUGCACCUGGUUCUCCUGGUAGUCCUGGUUACGGCAAACCAGGUGAAACUGGUGUAAAAGGUGAAAGGGGUCCAGGCGGUCUCCCAGGUGCAAUGGGUUCAAAAGGUGAGCCAGGUGCUAAAGGGCACACUGGAUAUCCAGGUGCUACUGGUCCCACGGGUGCAGCUGGUCCUCAGGGUGCAAGAGGUUUCCCCGGUGAGAGGGGAGCACCAGGUGAUAAGGGUGAGCAAGGUGCAAUGGGAGCUCCAGGGCUAAAGGGACACAAGGGAGAGCACGGACCACAGGGAGUUGAGGGCAAGCAGGGUUAUUCAGGGCCAGUAGGCCCACAAGGUCCAAGAGGAGCUACGGGUGCUCCAGGUAGCAAAGGAGAUACUGGCCACACUGGUGCUCCAGGUACUCCAGGAACAUCUGGACCUGCAGGGCCAAAGGGUCUUUCAGGACAUCCUGGUGCGGCAGGUGAAAGAGGAGAGUCAGGUGCCCCUGGCCAAAGAGGCCCUGGUGGCCCUCCAGGUCCUGCAGGACCUACAGGCCUUAAAGGUCACCCCGGUAUUCCUGGGACACCUGGUCCCUCAGGUUUGGCUGCAAAGGGAAUUCCGGGACCUCAGGGUCCACCUGGACUUCCUGGAUCUGAUGGGUCUGUUGGACUUCCUGGUCCUGUCGGACCUCCUGGCCAACCUGGUCCUCCUGGUGAGGUUGUUUAUGAGAAGGGAGGCCAAGUGGAGGCAGAGUAUCCAAUUUUUGUCAAGAGUCCAGUAUCUGCAUUCACUGCUGCACUUGUGGAACCUUAUCCCCCAGUAGGCAGCCCAAUUAAGUUCGAUCAGAUUGUGUACAAUGCAGAGCAGCAUUAUGACCCUGAGACAGGUGUGUUCACUUGCCAGUAUCCAGGAAUUUACUACUUCACUUAUAGCAUGCAUAUCAAUGGGGCUAACGCCUUGGUGGCACUUUAUAAAAACAACAAACCAAUCGUGUUUACCUAUGAUGAGUACAACAAGGGAUUCCUGGACCAAAUGUCCGGUGGUGCUGUCCUUCAGCUCAAUGAGCAGGACACUGUUUAUGUCCAGAUCCCUGAUGAGGAGGCUAGUGCCAUUUAUGCUGCUGAAAAUGUCCACUGCACCUUCACUGGGUUCCUGAUCGCCUCCACGUGAUCAAACCACAUCACGUCUUUUAAAACCAUCACUAUUUCUCAGACAAAUAUCCUGUUCUGCAAACAUUGAUGCAGAACAGACUGUGCUAUUGUUCUGAGAAAUCCAAGCAUAUCAACUUGAAAAUUCCAAGCAAUGGGUGCCAAUAAAAAUAAGUAAUUUAAGUUAUCAGGGAUAGAAAGGCUGUUAAAUCCUUACAAAUGACACAUUUCCUAUGGCGAGAGCAUGUGAAGUUGUGUCCUAAGAACCAUCAUAUGUUUGUAUUUUUGUAUCUGUUUUGUUUUUGCUUUUCUUUGUUUGUGUUUUCGUUUUGAUUUUAUUCAAAUCUUUGAGUCUUUUCCUUUCUGUUAUUGAUGAACUUAUAUCAUUACUGAUUAAACAGAAUGCUCUUCCUGACAUCCCUAUACCUGACUUGAAUAUGUGAGCUGGUGAAAAAAACUCACAAACAAUGAACAUCUAUCAAUGUUAUCCAAAAGAAUAAUUUUGCUCUGUAAACCAUGAUGGCUAAAAUAAACACAUUCCUUAAGA